CAGGGGCCGCGCGCGCAGUCUCGCGAGAGCGGUGCCGCGGCCGCGGUAAUGGCGGCCGUGCACAAUGGAGCGGGGCGUUGACGACGACGGCGACAACGAGCGGAAACAGAGGCGGCAACAUGGAGGCCGCCGUGGUGCUGGAGUGCGGGGACGAUCCGGGCCCUGAGCGGGGAGUGGACGGGCCUGUUGUAGGCCCUGAGGCCGAUGCUGACGCAUUGAGGCUAGUGGAGCCGGGCCCGGGCCUUCUGGAGCGCUGCGGCGUGUGUCGAGGCCGUCUACGGGAGCGCCAGCCCCGCCUGCUGCCCUGCCUGCACUCGGUGUGCAAGGGCUGCCUUCACGGCGGGCUCGACGCCAGCGGGAGCCCGCAGGCAGACGGGCUUAUUUGCUGCCCUGUUUGCAGACAACAAUGUUACAUAAGGGAUAUCAUAGAAAACUACUUCCUAAGGGAUACUGGUGAAUUGGACCCUGGCUCGAACAAGAAGGUUAGCCAGGUAUGUACCAGUUGUGAAGACAAUGCUGUGUCCUCCAGUUUUUGUGUCGAGUGUGCUGAGUGGUUGUGUGAUGCCUGUGUAGAGGCUCACCAGAGAGUGAAAUUCACAAAGGACCACACUCUGAGUAAGAAGAAUCCAGGGUUCACAGUAGAUGGAAGGACAAACUGCGAGCGACCGAUCUUCUGCUCCAUUCACAGGCAGGAGACCCUGAAACUGUUCUGUGAGACGUGCGACACAUUAACCUGCCGGGACUGCCAGCUGCUCACCCACAAAGAUCAUCGAUAUCAAUUUCUCGAGGAAGCUAUUAAGAACCAGAAGAUGACGCUGGAAAACCUGGUGAAGAAGCUGACGGAGAAAAAAACUCAGCUGCAAGUGACCACCAAGCAAGUUCGUACUAGGUUAAGAGAUGUUCAGGAUAUGCAGAAGAAGGUCCAGGUGGAGAUCAAGAUGGCAAUCCUGCAGAUCAUGAGAGAGCUAAAUAAACGGGGCAAGACACUCAUCCAGAGAGUGGAGAGGUUGGCGGAGGAGCAACAGCUAAAACUGGAGCAACAACAUCUUUCCAUGUCCAAACUGUACCGGCAGAUGGACCAUGUCUUAAAGUUUGCUUCGUGGGCCGUCAGUACGGAUAACAGCACAGCACUGCUGCUUUGCAAAAAACUGAUCUUCUACCAGUUACAAAGAGGAUUGCAAUCAAAGGUUAACACAGAGGAGUUGAAGAAUGACAUUAUUACAUUUCUCUGGGACUCUGCCUUUUGGACUAAGAAUGCAGCUAAUUUUGGCAAUGUUAUGAUUGAAGUUCCCUCAGCGUUGUCAGCACAUAUUUCAGUACAACAUCCGUCGAUGUCUGUCCAUUGCCCCCUGCCCAUUGCACAGCAUCAACCUGCCCCCCAACAUCAGUCCAGUCACUGCCCCCAGCCUGUGGCCCAGCACCAAUCAGCUCCCCACCACCAAUCUGCCCCCCAUCACCAAUCUGCUCCCCAGCACCAACCUGCCCCCCACCACCAACCUGCCCCCCACCACCAACCUGCCCCCCACCACCAACCUGCCCCCCACCACCAACCUGCCCCCCAGCAUCAACCUGCUCCCCACCACCAACCUGCCCCCCACCACCAACCUGCCCCCCAGCACCAAUCUGCUCCCCAACACCAAUCUGCUCCCCAACACCAAUCUGCACCCCAGUAUCAGUCAAGCCACUGCCCCCAGCCUGUGGCCCAACACCAAUCUGCCCCCCAACACCAAUCAUCCCCCCACCACCAAUCUGCCCCCCAACACCAAUCAUCCCCCCACCACCAAUCUGCUCCCCAGUAUCAGUCAAGCCACUGCCCCCAGCCUGUGGCCCAGCACCAAUCUGCUCCCCAGUAUCAGUCGAGCCACUGCUCCCAGACCCUGGCCCAACACCAGUCCAACAAUCGAAUGAUUGCACAGCAAGGAAACUCCUGGCAAAAUCACGUACCUAUGCAGCCCCCCCAUCGCCUUCCACCACCCAAUUACCAGCAGACAGCUCUCCCACCUCCACGCCAGCCACCUCCACCGCAGAGCACGCAGCAGGCCAUCAUCCGUCAGCCUCACACGGCUGCAUCUUGGCCACCUGUGAACAGCCUCUCGCGGAUGCAGCAAGCAGUGCAGCUCGUGAAGCCAACAAGCACAAUGACCAGUGCUAAUGGGAGGUACCUUCAGCAGAUGCAGGUGCAGGUGGUUCAACAAGGGAGCAUCUUGUCAAUGCAGCAGCAGCAGCAGCAGCAGCUCAUGGGUCAGGUGCUCUUACUGCCACAAAUGAAUGGAAUGCAAGUGCGCCAGCCUCAGGGGCAUACUCAGGGAGCUGCCAAGCAAUCGAUCAGUGGGGGUCAGACAGCGACACUGUACCAGCAAAUGUCCAUGUAUCAGCCUACUGUCGUUAGUAAAUUACCUUCCCCGACACCCCGGCAGCAACUGUCCUUUGGGCCUAGCACAGCUGGUGGUGUUCAGUCUCCACCAGUGCAGCAAAUAUCAACAUCCACUGGGCUAUCAAACACUCCCGGCAGUCGACCAUCUCCUCCUGUGCAACAAGCACUGAGAUCGAAUACUGCUACCAGUCGGCAGUUGCUAACAACUGCUGCCCCCCAGCACGCAUACUCCAACAUCCCUGCUGCUGGGCAUAGUACUCCGGUUGGUGCACAUUGCCAUCGGUCUCCACCGUCAAGCCAUCGCCUUGGCAACAGCCCGGUUGACCAACUCAAGAUGUUGGUGCAGCAGGCAACCUCGUACCCCCGUGUCAUACUGCCCCACAGAGAUGGCCCGGCCACUGCCCACCAUUUUGCGCAAGAACAGUAUUUCUGUGCGGGGCCCCCUCUAGUGCCACAGCAGGUUGGUAGAGAUGAUAGCUUACUGUACUCUCUGAUCCUGACCUCCAAUGGAACCUCGCCCUGGUCUGAGGCGGGAGCGGAAGGAUGUGUGAAAGGGCAGCCUACAUGUCACGUUCCUCGUGCAUUCACUGAACCGAGGAGGGGUGUGCCCUUCAAGCUGUCAAAUGCCUGCAGCACCACUGAGCAAGAGGGGCAGGGAAACCCCAUUAAACAGUUGCAGGAAGCUUCAGAGUCCGGAUGUAAUCCUUUGCAGUGUACUCUAGAGCAUGCUGGUGGCAGCUCGGACUUGAACGUUAAACCCAAAUUGAACAUGAAAGUCCCAUAUGUGCGGUUAGAGCGACUGCAGAUCGAUUUAUCUACUGACACAGAGCUGCCGACCUUCAAGCUGUUACCAGGCAGUGGGCAGGAUGAGUUUAGCCUGAUCAUCAUCGAAGGCGAAGGCUUGCCUCUCAAUCCACCCUUCACGGCACAAACUCUGGAGAGCACCUUGACGCCACCGAACUCCGUCUCUCCCGCAUCGGUGACUGAAAUUGAAUUUGUCUUUAAUGAGAGAACCGAGGUAACAAGCAAGCGCUCCCAUCACGCCCUGAGCCCCACGCCCUCCCCCAGCGAAAAGUCACCUGGAAGUAUUCCAGAUCUCAAGGCGUCCCCGCUGUGCAGCGUGAGUGAGAAGGGCGAGGAGCAGGAUGAGGUGCUGUGUGUCGUCUGUGGCAAGGGAGGCGAGCUGCCCUGCUGCAGCCACUGUUUGAAGGUGUUCCAUGUGGGCUGCCACGUCCCAGCCUUGCUCAGCAUGCCCAGUGUUGAAUGGACCUGUUCCUUAUGUGUGGAUUUGGCGACAUCUGAAGUUCAGAGUGAAAGCUCGUCAACAUUAGCAAACAUUGGAAAUGCCACAAAGGAUGGCCUUGGUGCUGUCGAUCAGCAGAAAUGUGAACGUUUGCUGUUGUUGCUUCUGUCUCAUAAGAUGUGCCAGGCCUUUCACAACCCGAGUGGGGCCUCCCAGUUGAAAAGACAGCCGUUAGAUUUGUCUUCUCUGAGAGCAAAACUUGAGAAGACAAGCACUCCCCAUUAUUCAUCCCCUGAUGAGUUUGUGCUUGAGGCUCGGCUGUUGUUUAAGACAUUUGAACUGAGUCAGAAACCUUGUUGUGGUGGAGAAGCUUGUGUGGUCCUGAGAUCCUGAGAGCGAAGCCGUCUGGAGCUAUGCUCCAGGUAGGGCCACCCAUGACGAUAAGGUCGAGGGGGAGGUCCCUGACAAGAGCAAUCCAGCCAAGACCUCAACGGUGCAUCACAAUGGCUGGGAAGGUGGAGGAAAGCUACAGCAGAAAAGAGUCCCCGGUCGUCUUAGACUCCAUGCCACUGGAUCCUGACCCAGAUCUGUCAAGGACAGUGUGGUGGCUGUCUGUGCGCCAGUCUCCCCACGUUAAACAAAGUCACGCACAAAUGUCCUCCAUAUAGGGAAUGCGCCCUAUAGAGACGAGAGGACAGUUAUACUCGUUUCGAGUGACUGCCGAUGAUAGAAAUACGUUUGUUUUGAACUCCCUACAAUAGCACAAUUUCUCAAAGCUUUUUUAACUUCUGGUCUCCAGUACAGAACAGAGAGGUACUCGAGUAGAAUGGGAUCUCAUUCCAAAUCCUCCUCCAGUGCAGAGGACUGAGGCCAAUUGUAGCCAAAGACACCCUGAAUAAUUCAGUGACACCCAUGAACAUUCCCUGAUUCCUCAGCUCUUCCAUAAAUCGUCCAACAACAUCUUCAAUUUCAAAACAGUCAUGCUCAUUUUCGAAUACUGCACAUUUGUGUUCCCCUCGAUCUCUGCCAUGUCCUCCAGCUUGUUUACCCACCCAGGACACUGCACUGCUCCUUUGCACGUCUUCACGUUAAUCAUUCUGCCGGUGGCACUACAAUCUUUUACCAUCUGUAUAUAAAUACAAACCGAAAUACAUUUAUUUCAAUCAAUCUUACGCUUGCAAAAAUGUUUUGUACAUAAUCAGAAGCAUGAACACAUUCUCCUCCCAGCCCAGAGCCAGUUGAAUAAGCUGUAGUUGGUGAUUAUGGACAUUAUGGGCCCUGCUGACUGAAGGCUCCACCCCAUGAGGACCUUAGAAACGUAGAAUGUAGAUACAGGAGUAGUCCAUUCGGCCCUUUGAGACAGCAUCGCCAUUCAAUAUGAUCCUGGCUAAUCAUCCAGAAUCAGUACCCCGUUCCUGCUCUUUCCUCAUAUCCCUUGAUUCCGUUCUAGGGCUAAGAGCUAUAUCUAAUUCUCUCUUAAAUGCAUGUGAGGAAGGAAGGAGUUGUGCUGUUGAACUGAGGGCUACAUAAGGACAAGCUAACCAUCUCCACUUCUGCAUUCUUACAAAGGAACCUCCAUGAAUGCAGUCUGUAGUGCCUGUUGGAUUACCUUGGAAAUUGUUUAUUGUAGUUUACACCUAACUGUCAUUUUUAAUUCAAUUGAUCUUCUAACAAAGAAAAAUUCAUGUCCCUUGAAUUCCUUUGAAGGAGAAAAAGGAGGUUGCCGAGUCUGUACUGAUGCUCGAGUCAUUCUUUGAGGAAAAGUUGGCGGAUGUCUUCAAUGGCAAAACCUUUGGCAGCAGAGCAGCCAAGCAGGGGCUGGAGUCGGGCAGCAUGCACUGUGACCAAAC